ACGGUCCAGGACGGCAUGUUUUUAAAAUAAAAACAAAAAAUAAAACGAAUUACGACGACGGCGCGGCAUCAUCUACCGUUCGGUGUGUGUGUGUUUAGCGGAUUUGAGUUUGUUUGAAAAAAGAAUAAGGCGGUCGCGGCGCCGGUGUCUCUGUGAUUGUGUGUCUCACUGUGUGUUUUUGUGUCUUUGCAAAUACAAAAGCAACAAAAGUGUCGGCUACGGGGUGAGCAGCGCAGCAGCAGCGGCGCAGCAGAGCGGCGACAGCGGGAGCGACGUCCAGUGCAUUUUGGUGAAAAACUAAUUGUUGUUGUGAGAGCGAAUGUGUUUCAAUGAUGUUACUGCCUUCGGGGCGUUCGAAUAGUGAUGUCUAUCCGCUGCAAAAUGCCGCCAACACAACAGCCAGUACAUCAGCUGCUGGUGCAGGAGGACCAGGAGGAGGAGCUGCUUCCAAGCCCUUGCUACUGACACGAACAUCAUCGCCACAAUUGACAACAACGCUGCCGACAACAAAUGGCUCCAUUGCCCAUCCCAUCCAUGCCACGCCCACUCGCUCCAACGGAUGUCCGCAGUCCCUGCCCGGAAUCCCAGCGAUAGCGCCCAUUGGAGCACUGGAGGCGACAACAACGACAACAACAACAGACCUGGUCACUGGCAUUGGGAAUGGGAAUGGUAAUGGUAAUGGAAGCGGAACCAACUGCGGCACCGGUAUCUAUGGGCCAAUAUUGGGUCAAAGUCAGGGGGGUGUCAUGUCUGGCAUUGCCGGAAAUUGGCCAGAAAUUGAUGGACACUUGGAGGCCAUACAGGAGAAACUCAAGCCCGGCUGGAGUGUACAUGUGGGCAAGGAGGGCAGGCUCUACUACUGCAAUCACAUGACUCAAUCUGCUGGCUGGCUGCCUGCCUGUGAGGAUUGGAGCAAACACGAGGAGCUCUCCUAUGGCUGGGAGCGUGCCAUAGACUCCAAGGGUCGUUCCUACUACAUCAACCACCUCAACAAGACGACCACAUACGAGGCCCCCGAAUGCAUACGCUGGGAUGAGCAUCCACCGGAACCACGAAUGGUCCAGCUUCAGAGGAACGCCAGCCUUGGAUUUGGUUUUGUGGCCGGGAGUGAGCGUCCCGUGAUUGUGAGAUUUGUGACAGAGGGUGGUCCUAGCAUUGGUAAACUCCAGCCGGGUGAUCAGAUCCUGGCGGUGAAUGGAGAGGAUGUAAAGGAUGCCCCGCGAGAUCAUGUCAUCCAACUGGUGCGAGCCUGCGAGUCGCAGGUUAAUCUCUUCGUCUGCCAACCGAUGGCACACUGCAUCCUUCCGGGCAGAAAGUCCACCCUUCUCUCUGCGGGCAAGCGAGCCAAACUGAGGUCACGUCCUAGUCGAGUCCGAUUCGCGGAGAGUGUGUGCGUCAAUGGAGCUCCUCUGUUUCCCCCUUCAGCCUUCUCCCUGGGCGACAUCUGUGUGCCACCGAUGGCCAAUGUGUUGAAGGUAUUCCUUGAGAAUGGUCAAACCAAGUCCUUUAAGUACGAUGCCACCACAACGGUGCAGGAUGUGGUUAGUUCACUGCUGGAUAAGCUCUGUCUGUGCUGCGGUGAGCUAUUCAGUCUGGUCCUGGAGCAUGUGAAGAGUCUCAAGCGGAACAAGCUCACACUGCUGGAUCCACAAGAGUCCUUGGCAAGGAUUGCUGCUCGUCCCGGCGCCCAUAAGUUGAGGUGCCUCUUCCGGAUCACCUUUGUGCCCAUUUCAGCCGCAGAGCUGGCACAGCGGGAUCUCCAUGCCCUGGACUACCUGUAUUUGCAGUGCUGCAACGAUGUUAACCAGGAGAGAUUCGCCCCAGAGCUUCAACCGGAAUUGGCACUCCGAUUGGCCGCCUUGCACAUGCAUCAGCACGCCUUGGCCAACAAUUUUUCCCCCUCAAAGCUCACCGUCAAGCUGGUGGAACGAGAGUUCGGGCUGGAGCGCUUCGUCCCAGUGAGUCUGUUCGAGGGCAUGAAGCGGAAGGAGCUGCGCCGUCUGAUUUCACACUUCCUGAAGCUCAACGCCGAGAUGACGGGAUCCUCCAGCAAGGUCCUCACACAGUUGCAGGCCAAACUCCAUUAUCUAGAUAUUAUUGCUAGUUUACCCAGCUAUGGAGCCAAAUGUUUCAGCACAAACCAAAGAGAGGGCGUCGAACGCGUCCUUCUGGUGAGUCCGCGUUUUGGACUUAGCCAGAUAUCCAGUGCCCGUAAUUCGGUGCCACAACCCAUUUCCGCCAUCGAGGACUUCACCCAUGUUGUGGUGAAUCGCGAGGACGAUGUCACCUGUAGUGUAUCCAUCUUCAUGCUUGGCGAUCGAGCGGUGAAAUUCAUCAUGGAGGAUCGCGAUGCCUGUGAAUUUAGCCUGGUUUUAGGGGGCUACUAUCGACUGCUAACAGGUAACAUGUUAAAUAUACUGCGAGAACGGGAACCCCACGAUGAGGACAAUGCUCCCGGCUUCCUUUCCCAGCACACAGUGCUCCCAGCGGGUUGGAGUUACCUGUUGCCCUUCCAUACGAGAGCGCACAGCGUCAACUUCCUGAUGUCGCCCCCGUAUCAUCCGCUCGUUCAGCGAGGUCAACUCCAGCAGCAAUCAUCCGUACAGGCACCACCAUCGCUGCCCUAUGCCAUGGACCUGGACCUGCACAGUGUGAUGGCCACUGAGCUGCUGGAGGAGGCAGCCAAGGAUUCGGGAUUGAGUGAUAGCAGCGGUAGCAAUUAUUGCGAAGGACGCAGCCACUCGGGUAGCCAUCAGUUGGAGGCAAAGAACGAGCAGGUACUCAGAAGGGUUCAAGAGCUGCAACACCUCGUCCAGACUUCCGAGCAGUAUCUAAGUGAACAGGAGCAGGGCGGAGGCGGCGUAGGAGGAGGAGGCGUGGCUAUGUUGGAAUUCGACUCCGAUUGCGAUAGUCUCAAUAGCAGCAAGGUCUCCUCCACGGAGGAAUCACAGGGCGGUGUGAUAUUAAGCUCGGGAGUUACUAUCCCGCCAGGACAUCCACUGAAACACAGCGAUUCGUUGACCCUGCUAGCGGAGACCAUUAACCACGAACUGAGUGGGAUAACCCAGGGAUUGAAUGCUAUUCCUGAAACGGCACCAGUUUCCUCAUCCGCUCCCGCCACACCAGCCACACCCAAGCGAAAGCCCAGCUUGUGCAGCACCUCCAGUCCCCGGCCUCAAAGGAAACUCAAUGGAUUCAGUCAGCUUCUCAGCGACUUGCAGGCCCUGGGCACCGAUUUCUCGCAGAGUGAGAGUGAUUCGGAAUCCGUGGCCUCACCGGCUCAGUCGCCAACAGCCCGGAGACCGCAGAUGAUGCAACUUCAGGCCGCAGGAGUGGCAGGACUUGGAGCAGCAGCCAAGCAACCACUGUCGCAGAGGAGUAGCUUUGGUCUCCACAGUCCAGAUGGAACUCAUUUCGGGGCCGAGACCAAGGACUACAAUCUGAGGGAGUAUCUGUUGCAACUGAAGGAGAUUAGCAAUGCAGCAUCGGCGGAUACCGAUGUGGCAGCCCGCCAGCUUUCAGAGAUUUAUGGAUUCGAAGUGAGGGAGGAUACCUUCAUUGAAACCGAUACAGAUCUUAUAGAUCUACGUGCCAUUCCGCCACCCCAAACCCCAGACGAACUGGAUUCGCUCUCGCUAAUGAAUGCCGCUCCACCCAAAGGUUUUGAGGGCAAGGCCGAGGAGCUGGACAGUUUUCUGCAGCAAAUAAUGGUGGCACCACCCACACAAAAGGCCACGCCCGCCAAGGAGCUCACACCCGAGGAGAUUAUGUCGUUUAUAAUACCUCCACCUCCGAAUUUGGAUCAGCAGCAGCAGCAUCCCCAGCCAUCGGUGGUGCAGUCGGUAGUUCAGCCAGUGGAAACGGAGUGCCUGUACAGCAAUUCCGUGCAGGCCAAGCGAGAGUUCUUCCAAUCGGUGGCCAAUGGAACGGCCAAAAACGGCAGCAGCAGUAAUUCCACUCCCCAUGUCAUUGAAUACGCCACCGUGGAGCGGAAGAGCAAGUUCAGCUGCUGUCCCACCAGCAAAAAAGAGGAGCUACCCGAUCCGGAGGAACUACAACCACCGCCCAGGACGCCCACUUCCGAGCAGCUUUCUCCGCCGCCGGCAAGGCCACCGAAAAGUGCCGAGCUCCUGCAGCGCUAUUCACCCAAAAAGCAGGUGAGAAUCAUGGCCAAUCCAGUGCAGAUGCAGCCGCAAUCGCAGGAGAGAAGGGAGCUUGGGCCGCCUCAGCUGCCGCCUCGCAUAAGUCCCACCUUGGAGGGAGGAAAUCCAAAUACUAAUGUCCUGGUGAGUGGUCCCAAGAAACCCCCGUUGCCGCCCAUCGCCAAUCGCCCGCGUCCUUUGAACGGAGUGAAUCCACCGACCAAUCCUUCGUCACCUGGAACUGCAACAACGGCACAACCAUCACCACCACCCGCCCACUAUUCACCACCCAUACCGGCCACCGUCCGAUUGCCCCACUUGAACCAAACCAAUGGAGGAACACUGCCCAUGCUCCCCAAGAAACCGCAGCAGCUGCACGGCGAGAAGCUGUUCAUCAAGAAUGGUCACCUGAUCGACGGCGAGGCGCUGCUGGCCAAAACGGAUGUGGCCAUGUCGGGUCUCCUCAUCAAGUUGGACCAGGUGGCGGCCCAGUGCUCGGCGGCUCAGGCAGCCGGUGGUGGCACUUCCAUCGAUGAGGAGAAGUUCCAGCGGGCGCGGAACGAACUCACCGAACAGACACUCGCUCUGGUCACGGCCAGCAAGUUUCUGGUGGCCUCCAUGUCGGACAUGACACUGAUUACGCUGCCCGAACACCUAACCUCCUGCCUGACAGCCAUUCGCAGGAUCACCGAGCUGGCCCAGGAUAUGACCAGGCAUACGUCGGCGCCACUGCAGACACGGAACAUAGUGCUCAAGGUGCACGAUGUGGCGAGUAGCUUCAGGGAACUGGUGGGUGUGGAAAUUGGACCCAUUGGAGCCGGACAGUUGGCCCUGCAGGCCGAGUGUUUGGCCAAUGUCUUGGCCACUUUGCUGCGAUCACUGCGCGUUUUCUCGCCAUAACCCACAGAGAUGCAGGACAGUGACCCGAUCCCGGACAGCAGCGGAGGCAGCCAAUCCAAUAACCAUCCCGACAUAUCGCACGCUCGUCUCUCCAUGUGUAGAUCCCCUUACACCACCUACGUCUAGAUGUGCAACGAGUCCUGUCCUUGAUAUUUAAACUUAUAACUAAAAGAAAAACACCGAUUUACAGGUAAAGGGUCGCGUCAGGGAGUCAAUGGUCUGAGAGAUGACCCCAAGACUUGGCCCUCACCAUCGACUACUAAUAUCGACACUGGAAGCUCAAAUCGAGGAGAUUGUCAGCGAUUGUGGUGGAUAUAUAGAUCCUAAGGAUAUCUACAUAUCGCAGUCUUGGGAAAUUAAUAAAGUAAUACUUUUAUUACUUGGUUCAAGAUCUAAACAAGUAUAAAAUAUCAUUUGUAUGUUUUGUUUUCUACAAUCCCAAAGACCAUAUCCAAAUGUAUCCCUAUAUCUAUAUAUCACAGAGAAGCCACAUCGCCAAGGGUCUCCUAUAAAAAUAUCUUUCUUAAAUAUAUAGUAAAAUCGAUUUAUAAAUAUCU